AAGCGCACGGAUAACUACGGAACGGAUUGGAUUUUGGUUAAGGGACGGCUCGGUGCGCUGCUGGUGAAGUACAAAAAAAAAUAUUGAAAAAAACAAAAUAAAAGCAGUGGCACCACUGUCUAGCAAAGAAGAAAAUAAAAGACUUUGCCAUAAUGUGUUGAAAUGCGUUAGCAAAAGAAUAACUGUUGAAAAGAAAGAGUGUGAUAAUUAAAGCAAAAACAUAAAUAAAACGAAAUUAAAAUCCCAGAAUUGCGCCAAAGUGCAAUUGUCAAAGAUGAGACUAAAUAAAUGGAGUUUCUUCGCACUGCGAAGACAACUGCUAUGUGGCACUUUGCUGCUGUGUCUAUUCAUGCAACAUGCGCCAACAACAACUGCCGUGGGGCAUGGCAAUACGUUUAUGCCUGCCUUGGAAUGCUAUGAUCAAUACGGACGACCGCAGAGAUGUAUGCCGGAAUUUAUAAACGCCGCCUACCAGCUACAAAUCGAGGCAACAAACACUUGCGGAGAGAACGGCGACAAUCACUUUUGUAUACAAACUAUGAAUCCUUAUCAUAAAAACUGUGAAAUCUGCAGAUAUGAAGAUCACCACCCAGCGUUUCUAACUGAUCUGCACGAUCCACAGAACCCCACAUGGUGGCAGUCCGAAACAAUGUAUGAGGGCAUACAACAUCCGAACCAUGUCAACUUAACGCUACAUUUGGGCAAAUCAUAUGAUAUCACCUAUGUGCGUAUACUCUUCCGUUCGCCGCGACCCGAGUCGUUCACUAUUUAUAAGCGCACCUCGGAGAGCAGUGAAUGGAUACCCUAUCAAUAUUAUUCGGCUGAUUGUCGCGACACAUAUUCGAUGACCGACUCGCGUGCCAUUCUAAAGGGUGAAGUCGAAGCCCAUGCGCUCUGCACCAGCGAAUACAGUGACAUUUCGCCGUUGCGUGACGGUGAAAUCGCUUUCUCCACACUGGAAGGCCGUCCGAGUGGUAUCAUUUUCGAGCGCAGCAGCGAAUUGCAGGAAUGGGUCACCGCUACCGACAUACGCAUCACCUUGGAUCGUCUCAAUACCUUCGGUGAUGAGCUCUUCUACGAUCCACAAGUACUCAAAUCAUAUUUCUAUGCCAUCUCCGAUAUUGCGGUGGGCGCACGUUGCAAAUGUAACGGUCACGCGAGCAAGUGCGUGGCCAGCACCGGCAUGCAUGGUGAACGCACUUUAGUCUGCGAAUGUCGUCACAACACCGACGGACCGGAUUGUGAAAAGUGUCUGCCACUGUAUAAUGACAUCAAAUGGAAAAGGGCAACAUCCACGGAAGUCAACGAAUGUAAAGCUUGCAAUUGCAACGGUUUCGCGGACAAAUGCUUCUUCGAUGCACAUCUCUUCAAUUUAACCGGACACGGUGGCCACUGUUUGGACUGUCGCGAGAACCGCGAUGGCCCCAACUGCGAACGUUGCAAAGAGAACUUUUAUAUGCGCGAAGAUGGCUACUGUAUCAACUGUAACUGCGAUCCGGUGGGUUCACGCUCGUUACAGUGCAACAGUCACGGCAAGUGUCAGUGCAAGCCCGGUGUGACCGGCGAGAAGUGCGAUCGCUGCGACAACAACUACUAUCAGUUUGGACAACAUGGCUGUCAGCAUUGUGGCUGUGAUCCACGCGGCUCGGCGGACAAUGUACCGUCGUGUAAUCCGAACUCUGGUAUUUGCCACUGCAAGGAGAACGUGGAGGGAAAGCGUUGCAAUGAAUGUAAACCGGGCUUCUUCAACUUGGAUCAGACCAAUCGUUUCGGUUGCACACCUUGCUUCUGUUACGGCCACACCUCUGAAUGCCAAACGGCGCCGGGCUACUCCGUUGUAUCGGUGACAUCGAACUUCAACAAGCACAAGGAACGUUGGACCGCCAUUGAUCUCUACAAUCGCGAUGUGGACAUCAAAUACAAUCAGUAUAGUCGCAGUAUUGGCACCACCGCACAGGGCAAUGAAUAUAUCUACUUCCUCGCGCCAGAGCGUUUCCUUGGCGAUCAACGCGCCUCCUACAAUCGUGACUUGAAAUUCAAAUUACAGCUUGUGGGUCAAGUUGCGCCAAGCACCAGCGCCAGUGAUAUCAUACUGGAGGGUGCAGGCACCAAGAUUUCGCUGCCGAUAUUCGGUCAAGGCAACGGCAUGCCCGAUCAAAGCGUGAAGGAGUACUCUUUCCGUCUACACGAGCAUCGCGACUAUCAGUGGCAACCCAGCCAGUCAUCACGUGGCUUUCUCUCAAUACUCUCCAAUCUGACAGCGAUUAAGAUACGUGCUACGUACUCCGUGCAAGGUGAAGCUAUUUUAGAUGAUGUGGAAUUGCAGACGGCGCAUCGUGGCGCUGCUGGACAGCCUGCCACUUGGAUUGAACAAUGUACUUGCCCCGAGGGCUAUUUGGGACAGUUUUGCGAGUCUUGCGCUCCCGGCUAUCGCCAUAGUCCAGCACGUGGUGGUCCGUUUAUGCCAUGCAUACCUUGUGACUGUAAUGGUCAUGCCGAGAUUUGCGAUUCGGAGACCGGUCGUUGUAUUUGUCAGCAUAAUACAGCUGGCGAUAAUUGUGAUCAGUGCGCAAGGGGUUAUUAUGGCAAUGCUUUGGGCGGCACACCAUACGACUGCAAACGUUGCCCCUGUCCCAAUGACGGCGCCUGCAUGCAAAUCAAUGGUGAUACCGUUAUCUGUACUGAGUGCCCAAUUGGUUAUUAUGGCGCGCGUUGUGAAAUGUGUUCGGAUGGUUUCUUCGGCGAUCCAACUGGUCUCUAUGGCGCCGUACAGACUUGUAAAGCCUGCGAUUGCAACGGCAAUGUGGAUCCAAAUGCCGUCGGCAAUUGCAACCGCACCACUGGCGAAUGUCUCAAGUGUAUACACAAUACUGCCGGCCAGCACUGUGAUGAAUGUCUGCCGGGACAUUUCGGUGAUCCUUUGGCCUUGCCGCAUGGUCAGUGCGACCGUUGCACUUGCUACCCGCCAGGCACAGAGCAAAAUCAAGACGGCAUUACACAGUGUGAUCAAGUAACGGGUCAAUGCCAUUGUAAACCCAAUAUUAUUGGACGCGAUUGCAGCGAAUGUCAACCAGGUUACUUCAAUAUUAUGUCUGGCAAUGGCUGUGAGAAUUGUAUGUGCGACCCUAUUGGUAGCUACAAUUCCACUUGCGAUAAAUUCACCGGUCAAUGCUUCUGCAAGCCCGGUGUUGUGGGUCAGCAUUGCGAUCAGUGUGAAGUGUAUCAUUAUGGUUUCUCACAAGAGGGUUGCAAAGCGUGUGAGUGCGAUGAAAGCGGUUCUAAGGGUUUCCAGUGUGAUCAAUACGGUCAAUGCCCAUGUAACGACAACGUUGAAGGACGUCGCUGUGACCGUUGUAAGGAGAACAAAUACGAUCGUCAUUUGGGUUGUAUUGAUUGUCCGGACUGCUAUAAUCUCGUGCAGGAUGCAGCCAAUGAACAUCGCGCUAAAUUGCGUAACCUCAGUGCGACGCUGGAUGAGAUUGCGCGCACUCCUGUCACCAACGAUGACGAAUUCGAAGCCAAAUUGAAGACUGUGCAAGAAAAAGUGGAUAUUCUCUUGACGGAUGCGAAGUACGGUGCCGGUGAAAGUGGUCAAACCUAUGCUGAAGUUUUAGAUGAUCUACACAAACGUCUCAAUAAUAUACGUACACAUUUGGUGUCUGGCGAUGAGCUGCAAGACAAGGCAAAUGAUGAAAUCGAAAAGGCCAGACAAAACUAUACGAAUGCCCAUGAUAUCAUCGAGGCGGCAAAGAGCGAACUACAAACAGCGCUAAAUCUGCUAAACGAUGAUGGCGCACAGGCGCUGGCUAAAGCCAAGAAUAAGUCGGUAGAAUUCGGCGUGCAAUCAGAUCAAAUCUCAGAGAUAUCGCGUGAGGCACGUGCUUUAGCUGAUCGCUUGGAGGCGGAAGCUCAGGUCGACUUGAAAAAUGCCAAGGAUGCCAAUGAAGCGGUGGAGAAGGCCUAUGAGUUGGCUAAGAGCGCCAUCAACUUGCAACAGAAAGUUAGCGAUGAACUACGUUCGGAGGUGCGUUUGGAGUUGAACACCGUUAAACAAUCGCUCAACAAUGUGGCGCAGACAACCAAGGAAGCGCUGCGUAAGGCAAACGAAGUCUAUGACGCCGCUUUGACAUUGCUAACGGAUGUCAAUGGUCUAACGGCACCAGAAAUCGACAUCAAGCAGUUGAAAAAAGAAGCCUUGGAGGCCAAUGAAGAGGCCGAUCGUCUACUGGAACGAGUUAAUGACAUUUCCAAUAGCAACGGUAAAAUAUUUGCCGAUUUCGACGACGAAUAUCAACUGGCUGACGUACUAAUACUCAGAGCGAACGAACAAAAAGAAGACGAUAUAAGAUUGUUGAAGACCGCUCAGGAUGCCUUCGACAAAGCCACAAAAGCUGUGGAACAGGGCGACAACACACUAAAGGAAGCCAAUAACACAUAUCAUACACUAGCAGGUUUCCAAGCUGAUGUGCAGAAAUCUUCCGAAAAAGCCGAUCUAGCGCUGAAGACAGUGCCAAGCAUCGAGCUGGAAAUCGAAAAUGCCGAACAGUUAAUACGACAAGCGGGCGAGGCUCUCAUGGGUGCCAAUAAAAAUGCGCUGGAGGCCAAAACCAAUGCACAAAGUGCCCAAGAGAAAUAUGCUGAACAAGCAUCGAAGGACGCCGAAAUAAUCCGUAAGAAAGCUAACGAUACCAAAGUAAACGCACGCAAACUGCGCGACGAAGCCGAUCAACUCAAUCACCGCGUACAGAUCACCGAGAGCAGCAUCGUCAAGUUGGAUAAAGCGGCCAACAAAGACGACAAUCUGGUGGAUGAUGCCAAGCGUAAUGUUGGUCAAGCCAAGGCCGGCGCACAAGAGGCACAAACCCAAAUUGACAAGUCCAUACAAGAACUGGAUGACAUUAAAGAGGAAUUGGAGAAUCUCAAGGACAUUAAUGUCGAUGAUUUGGAUAAACUCGAAAAUCGCCUAGACUCGGUGGAAUUGGAGUUGAACCGCGUCAACUUAACCGGCCGCAUUGAGAAAUUCCGCGAUCUGCGCAAUGCACAGAAGAAAUGGAUCGACAAAUACGAAAAAGAUUUGUACGAUUUGGAGGAGCAAGUAGCGAAUAUACGUGCAAUAGCUCAAGCCCUGCCCAACGAUUGCUACUCACGUAGUCGCCUCGAGCCAUAAACGAUGCAAGCAUCGACAAACACUGCCCAAGCACAUAAACAAAACUCCCAACUGACCAUAGAAUCAAGCC